AUGACGCGAUCGGAGGCAAAGCUUUUUAAGGUGCGUCCUAUUACAGAUCAUCUUAACCAGCGGUUCCAACAGUUAUAUAUUUUAUCACAAAAUAUUGCAUUAGACGAAAGUCUGCCACAGUGGAAGGGUUGGUUAGAUAUUAAUCAAUUCAUCCGAAAUAAAGCAGCCACAGUCGGAAUCAAAACCUACGAGGUUUGUGAGUCUCAGACUGGCUAUUUGUGGCGGUUUGAAGUGCACGUAGGGCAUGACGAAUCUCCACAAGAUAGUCCUUUGUCUGGGGUUGUGCCGGCACUUGUGCUUAAACUUCUCAAUGGUCUUGAGCACAAGGGCCACACGGUUUGGAUGGAUAACUUUUAUAACUCUCCUGCGCUUGCGCGAGAGUUAAAGGUACGGGGUUUUGACUGUGUUGGCACUCUUCGCUUGAACCGUCAGUUUGUUCCCACUGAACUGACUAAUCUGACCAAGGGAGCUUUGGCUGUAGGCCAAGUUUGUGGCUGCACUUCAGGCGAUGUGGAUCUGGUGGUAUGGCGAGAUAAGAACCUCGUUUCUCUUAUCUCGACGUAUCAUGGGUUAACAACGGUGAAGUGUGGCGACGUACUAAAGCCCUCAAUAGUACCCGAUUACAAUGUGUGCAUGGGUGGUGUUGAUCGCAAAGAUCAAAUGAUUGCCAUGUACCCAAUAGAAAGGCGGCGGAAUCGGGUGUGGUACAAAAAGUUUUUCAGACGUCUGUUAAAUGUUAGUGUCCUGAAUGCGUUCAUACUCCUCCGCACACAGCGACCUCUUACCCACCGAAGGUUCCGUGAAACUUUGGUAAGGGAAUUGGUCGCAAAACACAAGCCACUUUCACCCUCAGCAGGUACAGCUCGACCAGUGGGACAUUUUCCGGCUCAGUAUGACUUUCUGGCCGGAAAACAACACGAACGCCAGCGCAGAUUUUGCGCUGUAUGCAAAAAACGUACAACUGCAUAUUGCAGGCAGUGCAAUGUUCCACUGUGCGUGUUCACCUGCUUUGAGCCACAUCACACUUAA